CACUUUAACAUUGACAUUACAAAGGCGGGAUAACUGAAAUAUCAAAAACAAUCAAAGUUUUUGAAUAACAAAUAGUGUAUACAUAAUUCAAAUUAUAAAUAUAAAUAGGUGAAACAUAUCUUAAUAAUGCCUCCACCAGCGAAGAAAAAAAAGACUUCACUUGCGUCGGGGGGCUUCAGAAACAAAACAAUCAAGUCGAGUCUUGUCGACUUCAUAAAUAAUAUACAAAAGAAGCGAGAGAAUACAGCCGAUUCAAUUUUAGAUUUUAAUUUUCAUAAAAAACGUGUACGUAUACUAUCACAAGUUCAACUUGUGCCUGAUUAUUGCGCUGGUGUUGUUUAUUGGAUGUCGAGAGACAGCAGAGUUCAAGACAACUGGGCAUUUCUAUUCGCGCAGAAGCUGGCUCUUAAAAACGAGGUUCCUUUGCAUGUCUGUUUCUGUUUGGUUGAGAAAUAUUUAGAUGCAUCAUUGAGACAAUUCCAUUUUUUAAUUAAAGGUUUACAAAAAGUUGCUGCAGAAUGUAAGAAAUUAAAUAUUUCAUUCCAUCUGCUAGAAGGUAGUGGAGAUAAUGUUCUGCCACAAUGGAUCAUUGAACACAGGAUUGGAGCUGUUGUUUGUGACUUCAAUCCCCUAAGGAUACCUACGAAUUGGGUUGAGAAUGCUAAAAAGAAAUUCAGAAUGGAUGUCCCUUUUAUACAGGUGGAUGCCCAUAAUAUAGUGCCUUGCUGGAUAGCUGCAGAUAAACAGGUGCACACCAUAUAUAGCAUGAGAUGUAAAAUCAAUUCCAAACUAGAAGAAUACUUAUCAGACUUCCCACCGGUUAUAAAACAUCCUUACACAAGCAGUUUUCUACCUGAGCCAAUAGAUUGGGACAAGGCAAUAGAGACUAGAGAAGCUGACAAGACAGUAGGACCAAUAGAGUGGGCCAGUCCAGGUUAUGAGGAAGCUAUGAAGACAUUAAAGAGUUUCAUAGACAAGAGAUUAAAAAUGUUUGCUGACAAACGAAAUGAUCCAACAGAAGAUGCUUUGAGUAAUUUGUCACCUUGGUUUCACUUUGGUCAGAUUUCAGCACAAAGAGUAGCGUUAUGUGUUCAAGAAUACCAAUCGCAGUAUACAGAGAGUGUGAAGGCAUAUUUGGAAGUUGCUAUUGUUCGACGCGAAUUGACCGACAACUUCUGCUUUUACUGUGAAAAUUACGACAAUUUAGAAGGAGCUGAUAACUGGGCAAAGAAAACUUUAGAUAAGCAUAGGAAUGAUAAAAGAUCACAUAUUUAUACAUUAGAAAAACUAGCUAAAGCAGAAACUCAUGAUGAACUGUGGAACUCCGCACAACUACAGAUGGUAAAUGAAGGCAAGAUGCAUGGUUCUAUCAGAAUGUACUGGGGAAAGAAGAUUCUAGAAUGGACACCAAGUCCGGAAGAUGCACUUAAAUAUGCAGUAUACUUGAAUGAUCAUUACAGCAUAGAUGGCAGAGACCCAAAUGGAUAUGCGGGAUGUAUGCGGUCAAUAUGUGGUAUACAUGAUACCAAUUUUGUAGAGCGACCAGUUUUUGGUCAAGUUAGAUACAUGAAUUAUAAUGGAUGCAAGAAAAAAUUCAACAUUAACACUUUUGUUGAACUCUACGGUGGCAAGAAACAUAUGUACAUAACUGCUAACUAGUCUCAUUGUGGU